UCGAUUGCACUGUCAAAUCUAUGGCAUUUCUUGAAGGUGAUUCCAGUUAUGGCUCUUAUGGUUGGAUGCCUUGGUGAUCUUCGUGAGAUAUCUAAUAGAGCGCAUCUUAGUGUUGCUUCUCUCUCGGCCUAUUUGAAUGAGGUUCUGCCUUCAAUUCUUUUUGUGAAGGCAAAUAAUGCAGAACUCUGCGAAAAUGUCAGGUUUCAGUUGCUUGCUUCCACUGACUGCUCUGCGUGUUUAGACAAGAAGAAAAUGAAGGCCUUAAUUCCACAUAUAAUACAGAUCUUUUAUUUUGGGCUAUUGUUCACAAUUUGUGCUGGCUCAGUGGUAGCUUCAAGAGAUUCAUUGGAUUGUUCUGCAAUUGUUUCUUUCAUAACAUCAUUGUACCUGUUGAUCGAGCCGAUUCAGGGUGUGGGUAAAGCAUACAAUGAAUUAAAGCAAGGAGAGCCAGCAGUAGAGCGCUUGUUUACUUUGACAAGUUUUAUACCUCAGGUGAUUGAGCAGCCAGAUUCAGUUGAAUUAGACCAAGUUCUUGGAGAAGUAAAAUUUUCUGGUGUCUCUUUUAGAUAUGAAGAUAGUACACAAUUUGUUUUGAAUGGUGUGGAUUUUCGGAUCAAAGCCGGAGAGAUUGUAGCUCUUGUUGGGCCAUCAGGAGGAGGAAAGACUACUGUUGCAAAACUUCUUCUUCGCUUGUAUGAUCCUGAGCUUACUUAUUUUCUAUUGACAGGUGUCAUACUUAUGGAUGGCCAUGAUAUUCGAAAUAUACGACUGGAAAAUCUAAGGAGGCAUGUUGGUCUCGUCUCUCAAGAUGUAACACUCUUUUCAGGGACUAUUGCUGAAAAUAUUGGGUAUAGGGAUCUAAUGGCUGACAUUGAUAUGGAGAGGGUUGAAUUUGCUGCUAGAAUUGCAAAUGCAGAUGAAUUCAUUGAAACACUUCCAGAUCGGUAUCAAACCAAUAUUGGACCUAGGGGCUCAAGUCUGAGUGGAGGCCAAAAGCAAAGACUGGCAAUUGCAAGGGUACUUUAUCAAAACCCUUCCAUUCUGAUUCUGGAUGAAGCUACUUCUGCUUUAGACAGCAGGUCUGAGUUGCAAGUGAGACGAGCUCUGGAACGGCUGAUGCAAAACCGUACCGUGCUAGUCAUUGCACAUCGUCUGGAAACAGUUCUUAUGGCCCAGAGAAUUUUACUCUUAGAUGAUGGUAAGCUUCAGGAGCUAAGUCGGUCAUCACUUAUAGAUGCUCAACAUACAUCACUGGCUUCAUUGGCUCUUGUAAUAUGAUGCUUUGAGAGGGAAUUCGGAACAUCCAUUUACCCAAUAUGAAUUUAUUGUUAAAUUGCAAAAUCAGCUUUGCACCUGUACGGACAUUCAUCCUCGGGCUUUGUUGCAGGGAAAAUGGUAGUUACGAUUUACGACCCUAAUGCAAGUGCCAGUCAUGUUCAUUUGUUGUAUACUUGCGUUUUACUAGAACAUUUAUUGUUGUACUGAUGUUAAUGUAGUUUAAAGCACGCACGUGUAUUUCGAAUCUUGUUGAUUGCUGUAAACUUGCGUUUUAGACAUCAUACUAAUCUUCUUAUCGUAGAUCAAAAGACUCGGAC